UAGAGGCAGCAGCAUACAAUUCCCCCACACCAUCACAAACAGAUGAUGAAGCUGCUGCUCUCCCAGCAUCUUCCCAACCACCAGAUGGACCUAUGAGAGCCAGCACAAGCAACUGUUGGCUGUUGCUGGCUACCACCACCACCGAAUUCUCAAGCCAACCUCCAUCACCAUUUGGCUUUGCCCAGUAAUUCCGAGAGCGCCAAACCAAGAUCAGCUGCCAACACCACCAAAGCUAGCUGAUCCAUGGACCUGUCGGCGAACCCGGACAGCCCUCUCUCUGGAGGGGGCAACGGCGGCGGUUCCUCGAGCAGCAUCACCUCCUCGCUUUCCGUGGUCUCAGGGGGCACUCCGCAGUCGCCGAGCAGGUACGAAGCGCAGAAGCGGCGCGACUGGAACACGUUCGGGCAGUACCUGCGGAACCACCGGCCGCCGCUGAGCCUGGCUCAGUGCAGCGGCGCGCACGUCCUGGAGUUCCUGCGCUACCUUGACCAGUUCGGCAAGACCAAGGUGCACGCCUCGGCCUGCCCCUUCUUCGGCCACCCGAGCCCGCCGGCACCCUGCCCGUGCCCACUCCGCCAGGCCUGGGGCAGCCUGGACGCCCUCGUCGGCCGCCUCCGCGCCGCCUACGAGGAGAACGGCGGCAGCCCCGAGUCCAACCCGUUCGCGGCGCGCGCCGUCCGCCUCUACCUCCGCGAGGUCCGCGAGCACCAGGCCCGCGCACGCGGCGUCAGCUACGAGAAGAAGAAGCGCAAGAAGCCGCAGCAGCUGACCGGCGACAGCAGCGGCAGCAGCUUCCACAGCAACCAGCACCAGCCCCCUCCCGGGGCGCCUCCCGCCGCCGGUUGCUGAGCUGAUCGAUGACGAGGACCCGCCCCCAGCUGGUGGUCGAUCCAUCUCCUAUUUGGCCGGUAUGCCAGAUAUAUUUUAUGUGCGCUCGCGUAUGCAUGCAUGCGCGCGCAUGCUUAUGGCUUUGCACUUCUCAUUUGUGCGUGUUUGUAUCAGCUAGUACUGUCAGUUGUCGUCGUCGAACACUGCUGCAUUGCUCGUGUUUCGACCUAGUUGGCUUUCAUUAGCUUGGGUUAAUUUCUAGUCGAGAUUAUUACUAGUUUAAUUUGCUUCCAUGUAGGAUCGUGUCAAGUAAAAUGAUUUGCUGUAGUGUGAAGUGAAGUGAGGGGGACAUGCAUGCAGGGAGAGAUAGGAGAUCUCUCUUGCUACAGCUAGCUGCAUGUGUGUGUGUGUGUGUGUGUGUGUGCGUGUGUGUGUGUUUGUGUGUGUGUGUGUGUGUGUGUGUGUGUGUGUGUGUGUGUAGUUCGUGCAAGAUUGUAAGUCUGUAGCGCAGUGUCCGUUCUGCGGUCUGCGCAUCAUGUGUCAACUCGAUCUAGCAUCGCUUAUUGUUU